AUUACUUAAUGGCAGUUUUAUGACAUGAAAUUCCAGCCAGAGGAGAAGGAAUAUAAAACAUUGAUAUUAAAACAGAUGUGUCAGUAGGAAUGCUAAUCAAUUAAUCAUAGUAACAGCUUGUGGUUAGGCAGCAUCACAUGACAUUUACCCCACAAGGCUAUAGAUGCAACUAGGUUAAGAUGAAUGUUGUUGCUGCUCAGGCAGUUUUUCUUAACGGGUAGAAAAAUGAAGAAGGCAGUAAACUUUGACCUGAUUUAGGUAAAAACAAUCAUCUGACAUAGACACAUUUUGAGGGUGUUAAAUUAGCCUUCCAGUCGCACAUACAGUCACUUUUAAAAUAUGAGUGCCUGAUGAUCUUUUAGUCAAACCAGAGUGUCAUUCAACAUCACUUAUUUCUGCUUUUAAGGCAAGUCCAUUAUCCUUAAAAACCGUUCUUGCCAUUUACUUUUCUUGCUAGUUUUCAAAUGUGCAACCCAGUCACCAGUCUUAAAACUAAACCAGUGUUAUAGCUCUGUGAUACCUUUGUUGCUUGGAUGUGAUCCAGAAUGAUUUAGUUCUAUUUGCCUUAAUUAUCAUUGCCUCCUCUGUUUUUUCAUUUACAUGCACAUCAACAUUGAAUGCUAAUGUUGUUGUUUAGAAAAAAAAUCCUGCCGUUGUUUGAAGUGACUAGUUAAUUUUUCUUAAAACUAAAAAAGGAAAACCUUGUGUCUGUACCAUAUAGCUGCAUGGACACAUCUUCAAAGUCGUGGCUGCCGCAUCAGUCUCAGUUUGGGUUGGUUGGUCAAGCGGAGGUUUGCUGUGGCGGACCUGGAGUGUUAACCCCAAACCAAUCUCGCAGGGCAAGUUUUGCCUCUGUAAGGCAGUCAAGCAUGGAAACUCCUCCGAAUGCCACCCCUCAGCCCUUCAGACAGCCGAGUUUUCUCAAUCGGAGGCUGAAGGGCUCCAUCAAGAGGGCCAAAAGUCAGCCCAAACUGGACCGGACCAGCAGCUUCAGACAAAUGAUUCUGCCCCGGUUUCGUAGUGCCGACCAAGAGAGGACACGACUGAUGCAGAGCUUCAAAGAGUCACACUCCCAUGAAUCCUUGCUUUCUCCGAGCAGUGCUGCUGAGGCUUUGGACCUAGUUUUGGAUGAAGAGGCCAUAAUCAAGCCUGUCCACUCCAGCAUUUUAGGACAAGAGUACUGCUUUGAGGUGACGACUAAUUCAGGGACAAAAUGUUUUGCCUGCCGCUCGGCUUCAGAGAGAGACAAGUGGAUUGAAAAUUUGCAACGAGCUAUCAAACCUAACAAGGACUCCCCGUUUCGUUUUCAGGAUAACAGCAGACGGGUUGACAAUGUGCUCAAGUUGUGGAUCAUUGAAGCUCGAGACCUUCCGGCUAAGAAACGCUACUAUUGUGAGCUGUGUCUGGAUGACAUGCUGUACGCACGCACCACCAGCAAACCCCGCACAGACACCGUCUUCUGGGGCGAGCAUUUUGAAUUUAACAAUUUGCCUACCAUCCGUAGCCUUCGUUUGCACCUGUACAAGGAAACUGACAAAAAAAGACGCAAGGAGAAAAGCACAUAUCUUGGCCUUGUCAGCAUCCCCAUCUCGAGCAUCACGGGCCGGCAGUUUGUGGAGCAGUGGUACCCUGUGAUCCAGUCCAGUGUGUUGGCCAAAAGCGGCGGCGUUGGAAGUGGCAAAGUGAUCAACGCCUCUCUGCGCAUCAAGUCUCGCUAUCAGACAAUGAACAUCCUCCCGAUUGAGCUGUAUAAGGAGUUUGCGGAGUACAUCACCAACAACUACCGGACAUUGUGUGCAGUCCUGGAGCCUCUGCUGAGUGUGAAGAGCAAAGAGGAGGUGGCGUUUGCUCUGGUGCACAUCCUGCAGAGCACAGGGAAGACAAAGGAAUUCCUGUCCGACAUGGCGAUGUGCGAAGUGGAUCGAUUCAUGGACCGUGAGCACUUGAUCUUUCGUGAGAACACGCUGGCCACAAAGGCCGUGGAAGAGUACCUCAAACUGAUAGGUCACAGAUACCUCAAAGAUGCUAUAGGCGACUUCGUCCGAGCCUUAUAUGAGUCUGAGGAAAACUGUGAGGUGGAUCCCAUGCGAGUCCCGCCUUCAGUCCUCGCCGACCAUCAAGCCAACCUGCGCAUGUGUUGUGAGCUCUUACUCUGCAAGAUAAUCAACUCUCUCUGCAUAUUUCCCCGCGAGCUGAAGGAAGUGUUCGCCUCGUGGAGAGCCAGAUGUGCUGAGCGUGGCAGAGAGGAUCUGGCAGACAGCCUCAUCAGCUCCUCCCUGUUUCUGCGCUUCAUGUGCCCGGCCAUCAUGUCCCCGUCCCUGUUCAACCUGAUGCAGGAGUACCCCGCUGAACGCACGUCCCGCACACUCACACUCAUCGCCAAGGUGAUGCAAAACCUGGCCAGCUUCAGCAAAUUUGGACCGAAGGAGGAGUACAUGUAUUUCAUGAAUGAGUUCCUGGAGAUGGAGUGGGACUCCAUGCAGCAGUUUCUCUAUGAGAUUUCCAACAUGGACACCGGAGGAAACGCCGGAGGGUUUGAGGGCUACAUCGACCUCGGCCGGGAGCUGUCGAUGCUGCACAGCUUACUGUGGGAGGUCAUGGGCCAGCUUAGCAAGGAUGCUAUACUGAAACUUGGACCCCUACCACGGCUGCUGAAUGACAUCAGCGUCGCCCUGAGGAACCCGCAGCUGCACAUGCCUACAAAUCACCAGCCGGAGCGACCGAAGGACCGACUCUUCUCACGGCCAUCUUUCAAUCGUCUCAUGUCCUCCGACUUCCAAAGCCUUAUGAUGCGGGACUUGAACAGCUCAAUAGACAUAUCACGCCUGCCAUCACCGACCACUGGAGUCUCAGCUGUAGAAUCUCUCUCAUCCAACCUGAACAUGAGGCGUCAAGCGGAACGGGACCUCCGCUCAUCGAGGGAAGUGUUCUAUGUGACCCGCCCACCGCUGGCUCGAUCCAGCCCCGCCUACUGCACGAGCAGCUCCGACAUCACUGAGCCUGAUCCAAAGGUCCACAGCGUGAAUAAAAGUGUGUCCAUGAUGGACCUUCAGGACUCCCGCAUGAACAGCAUUUCCAACCUGAACUCUGUGGGAGACAUGCUCACUUCCUCUCAGGCUUCCAUCGCCGGCCUGGGCCACAGCUUUGGGAACCUCUGUGGCCCUCUGCGUAUGGGGGGGCACAUGCCAGCGGGCUCGGCUGGCUCCGGCUUGAGGCUGAGCCAGAUGGGCCACAUAGGGGGUCCCACAGAAUCCAUCUCCCAACAGCAGCAGCAGGCGGCAGCGGCCAUGAACUUCCCGCUGUCUUUCCAAAACCCGCUGUUCCAUCUGGCCGCCCAGAACUCCCCGGCUCAGUCUCAGCCUCACCCUCCUCCUCUGCUCCUCGCCCCCGAGCCCGAGAACGGCCACCACGACUACCAGCCGGCCUUUGGCAACAACGCCUUCUCCCGCAGCGAGGACUUGUCGGGCCUGCGGUCGCAGAGCAGUCUGGUGCAGCCCAGCAUUGUUCACUCACACAGCUACAGCGAUGACUUCACCAGGCAGAAUCAGAACAACGACUUUGCAUGGCACCAGCUGUCUCUGCAGGUUCAGGAGUCCCUCCAGCAGCAGCAUAUGAUGGGAGUUGCCGCGCAGACAGCCACCGGCACGGGUACCCCCGCCUCUUUGGCCACACCGCCCACUACAGUUCAUCCUGUCCGCCAACAACACCUCAAGUCACAGCGCUCCAUCAACACUCCAGCCACUGCCACUCCUCCGAAGGUUCGCCCGCAGAGCAGGAACCUCCUCCUCGACUCCUCUGACACCAACUUCAGUGGCAGUCAGCCUAAACAGCGCACCACUCAGCAGCCUUCGCAACAGCAACAACAGCAGCAGCAGCUGCAACAGCAGCUUCAACAGCAGCUGCAGCAGCAGCAGCAGCAGCUGCAGCAACAACAGCAGCAGCAGCAGCAGCAGCAGCAGCAGCAGCAGCAGCAGCAGCAGCAGCAACAGGACGCACAGCUAUCUGUCACUGACAGUCCAGCUCCUGGGCUCCCGUACCAGACGAGCUCAGCCAAAGAGAACCAGGGCCCAUCAGCGGCUGCAGAGGUGUCGACAGACACACCAACCAAAAGUACCAAGAAGUCUCAGGCACAGCUGCAGCCGCCGCAGCAGCAUUUGCUCAAACCAGGCAAUAAACAGGGUUCCCAGUCAACAUUGAACACAUCAGCCCUCAAUGAGCGGACAGUGGCCUGGGUGUCCAACAUGCCCCAUCUCUCUGCUGACAUCGAGAGCCUGCGGCCGGACCGAGAGGGCCAGCUGAAGGAGUAUUCAAAGAGCAUGGAUGAGUCUAGACUGGAGAGGGUAAAAGAGUACGAAGAUGAGAUCCAUUCGUUGAAGGAGCGGCUGAAGAUGUCUCAUCGUAAGCUUGAAGAGUACGAGCACAGGCUUGUGUCACAGGAACAGCAGACGAGCAAGAUCCUGCUGCAGUAUCAGAACCGGCUGGAAGACAGCGAGCGGCGCCUGAAGCAGCAGCAAGUGGAGAAGGACUCCCAAAUCAAAGGCAUCAUCAACAGACUCAUGGCUGUGGAAGAUGAGCUGAGAGGGGGUGCCAUUCCUGAUAUUAAGCCUCGAAUCCUCACAGACCAGGUCUAUGGUGGCCACCCAGGAUCCUGACUGCCACUUUCCAGGUGACCAGAGGUCUUGAUGGUCACUCGGGUGUAAGAAGACUGAUUCAGAUCCUCCCACACAAAAAAAACCAUGAAGAGAAACUUUUGCAAUGCAUCCAGCAGGUCCACUGGAGGCUUCAUCACAAACUUUGCACAUAAUCAAACUUAGCCUGUAUGAAAAUGACAAUCAGUUUAUCGUGAGGACCAAUGUGUGCAGAGAGUCUUCGGCACAUUGACUGAAAUCUAAGCCAAUGCCACAACAAUGGCAAUACUGAACCUGAUGGUUUUCUUUAUUCAAUCAUAUGAUGUGAGAAGAGAUGGGAGAAACACCGGUCAUGGGGAUGGAGUCAUGAUGUUUCCCUCUACAAGCAGCACACACUUGCUUCUCACUUAAGAUGCUGCAGACAAAAUGUAAAAACAGCCUUUACAAGCACAAUAUCCCCUCCUGGUGAUGCCUGUGAUGAGCAACAAGCAUGUUGUAUAAUCAUGUGCUAUCUAUGAUCCAUGGGUACAGGGUACAGGCAGAGACCUGUGUUACCAUUCGAUUCUAUUUCAAUCUUUUAAUAACGUGUUCGCAAUGCAAAGAAAUUUGAACCUACCAGGAUACUAAUCAUUUUUAUUUGAUGCAUCCUUUCUAGUAGAGCCAUUCCAUCCAAAGAGAUGCCAAACAAACAAACACAAACAAAUCAACUCACUUCUUGAAAUACAAUCCACGUGUUCCUUCAGCACACAGUGUAAAGACAGAACAACAGUCUCUGGACUCUAAGUGUAUAAAAACUCUCAAAGUGAUAUAACCUUUUGAAAUAAUGGAAAUACAGCAACACAAUUCAACGAAGGUUAUCAUUUCUUUUGUUUACUUUGUAAAAAAUAUUUAUCAUAUUCAGAUAUAUAUAUGACUUUUCAAAUCAGUGAUACAAAGUGCUUUAUAAGUUAUAAAUAUGAAGACGGGACAUGAAAUGAAAAUGGAGGAAUAUUGAAUUUAAAGACGCAUUCCACUGUUUAGAACUCAGUACAGAUGUAAUUCUCAGUCCAUAAAAUAUCUUUUUAAUCUCCUCUGAGCCUCUGAAGGAGAUCAUUUUAAUUUGAUAUCCAAACUCCACAUGACAAAGUCUGUCUCAAACAAUUGGCGUGUGGAGUUUCACAGACAUGGUUAUGAAGCAGGUAGUCAGUGAAGACUGGUGAAAAUAUCCUGUUUGUGGC